AUGGAAAAAGGAAAAGAACAUCCUAGCACGCUAAGACCCUCUAGCUCAAAUCCCCAAUCCGCGGAUAUACCAUCAACUUCUCCAAACAUACCAAUUCACGGUUACUAUGGACCAGUGCCUGCGUGGUCACCGGCCUUUCUCGAUGCCAACCAAUAUCCAAGCAACCUACAGAAUGCUAGUUAUCCAUUUCAACAUGGCAUGGAAGGGCAGUUGUCGAACAUCAAUACAAGCUCCGUUACAAGCAGAUUUCAGGGUACAGAGGAUAAUAGAUAUGUAGUUGGGGAGGAGACCGAUUCGCCAUGUACAUCUUCUAGAGUCGAAGAAGUUAAUUUUGAUACUCCAGAUGAACAAGAAACCGAGUAUGGCAGUGCAGGAACAUCUAAGAAGACACAAAUGGAUGACAUUGAUGAGCCAAUGUCGGGGAUGGAGUUUAAUUCCCUAGAAGAUUUAAUCAGUUAUUAUAAAGAGUAUGGUAAGAAAUGCGGGUUUGGAGUGAUGACUAAAAGAAGUGAGAGGGGAGAAGAUGAGACUGUUAGAUAUGUCACCCUUGCCUGUGCCCGUGGUGGGAAGGCUCAGAAUAGACUCUUGAAUGUCUCCAACCCACGUCCGACAAGAAAGACGGAGUGUAAGGCCAAAAUAAAUGCCUUAAAAGCUGAUGAUGGAAAGUUUAGGCUGACUACAGUUCAUAAUAUCCACAAUCACGGCCUCAGUCCGAAGAAAUCCCGCUUCUUUCGAUGUAACCGAGAAGUGAGUGAAUAUGUCAAAAGAGUUCUAGAUACAAAUGAUUUGGCUGGUAUCCGAAUGAACAAGAGCUUCGGAUCUCUGGUUGUAGGCGCAGGUGGAUUUGAGAACCUCCCGUUUUUGGAAAAAGACUGUCGUAACUACAUCGACAAGGCUAGGCAUCUACGACUGGGCGCAGGUGGUGCCGAAGCACUUCGAGACUACUUUUUACGAAUGCAAUACAAAAAUCCGGGGUUCUUUGCACUGAUGAACCUGGACGAUGACAGGAGGCUAAAGAAUGUAUUUUGGGCAGAUCCCCGUAGUAGAGCUGCAUACCAAUAUUUCGGUGAUGUGGUAACCUUCAACACCACAUACUUGACGAACCGAUAUGGGACGCCCUUCGCACCAUUUGUUGGUGUAAACCACCAUGGGCAGUCAAUUUUGUUGGGAGCUGGCUUGAUUUCAUCUGAGGAUACACAUACCUUCGUGUGGUUAUUCCAAACCUGGUUGCAGUGUAUGGAUGGUGUCGCACCGAAGGCUAUUAUCACUGACCAAGAUAGAGCCAUGAAAAAUGCAAUUGCAAUUGUCUUCCCAGAAAGCCGCCAUAGAUUUUGCCUAUGGCAUAUCCUGAAGAAAGUCCCAGAAAAGCUUGGAUGCUAUGGUUUCUACAAAAGUGGCAUGAAAACUGCACUGAUGAAAUGUGUUUAUGACACACAAAAGCGGGAAGAGUUUGAAAAUCUUGACAUGAGAUGA